CAGAGUACUGGAGCUGCAUGAACAUGGGCUGGGGAUGCCUGUUUGGGCUGAAAAAGGGGGAUGUGGGCGGUGUCUCGGUCUACGGGUGGAGCGCGCAGUCCGGAAAUGAGCAAAGAGCUGUGAAAUUGUUUCCCUCGUUGCUCACACGAGUUUGAUGAGGCUUGCUUUCAUCCGAGGCUCAAUUUAUCGCCAUGAACUUGCACAGAGAACCGCGCGGAGGAUGUUGGUGACCGUAGAGGGUUAUCAGAAGAAGGAUGAGAGGGACCAAUCUUCCUUCCUCCCGUGUUGCACGGCCUGAUGCUGGAAGAGUGGGUCACUCCCAGUGUCACUCAGCCCACUUCUAUAUUUAGAGCUGCCCGGACCACCGCGCCGUGACUAAAUGCGCUCGCUGGAAUCCAGCUGAAGAUGCAGGGGGCCAUCGCACGAGUGUGCGUGGUGGUGGCCGCGGCCAUAUUGAACCACCCCUUGCUCUUUACCCAAGACGGCGCCGAGCCUCCGGACCAGGACGAGGAGCUGAUGGCGCGCAUGCGGGAGCACGAGGAGAGGCUGGAGAUGGAGCACGCGCGGCUGGACAGGGAGCUCUCGCAGCUGGACUCGGAGCAGCGAGAAGCCGGCCCGGGUGAGGGUUACAGCUGGUACUUCUGGAGCGCCGUGUCUUUCGCCGUGUUCUUCGCCGUGGAGGCGGGUUGCAGGGCGCCGGCCGCCACCGACGCGGACACCCGGCCGGUCGAGGGCGAGGACGCGAGCGGCUCACGAGUCACCCCGCGGACCGUGGCGCUGGACAAGGACGUCCUGAGCGACUUCUGCGACAAAUGCGCCCACGCGUCGGCCCGCGACCACUGGAGGGUGAGGGACUUCGUCGGGGGCUUUGCCGGCGAGUUGGCGGACUCGCUCCGGAGCGUGUGCGACGCCAGGCGCGCGGGCCUGAAGGUUGGGGACUUCGUCGGGAUCGGGAGCGCGUUCGAGUCGUGGGAGGUGGGCCAGCCGCUGACGUGUGACCUCAUCGUGCCCCUCUCGCCGCCGCGUCCCUACUCCUUCCAGUUCCACCCGUGGUGCGACGCGGCCCCGGCCCCGCAGCUGGGCUGCGGCGGGAUAACGGUGAGCCGCUUCGGGGAGAACGAGGAGGGCUGCAUCUGCGGCUCGGCGGACAUGGGGGAGGACGACGUGCUCUGCAUGCUGCACGGCGAGGACGACCCGCCCGGAGAGGACCGCGGCCCCCACGAGCUGCCGCCGGAGCUGUGCUCCGGCGACGCGCGUUCCUUCGCCAAGGAGCGGGUCGUCAAGUGGUUCCAGGUCUCUGUGACCAGAGCGUGGCGCCGCAUCUCGCACAAGUACGACUUCGCGGUGACGUUUCGCCACCUGGACGCCGCCGGCGCCCUGAAGAUCCGGUUCCGCUCGGGGAAAGCGAUCCUAGUGAACGUCAUACCGGCGGUUCGCUUCGAGGACACGGACGCGUAUUUCGUCUCCCACUUCCCGUCGGACUGCGGGGCCGGCUCCCCCGACCCGUGCUGGCCCGUCUCUUUGGCCGUCUACGAGGGGAGUUUGCUGAAGCACUUCUCCAAACUCCUACCGCCGAAUUCCUGUCAUCUACGCUGCCUCCAGAUCGUCAGCUUCCUGCACAGGAAGCAGACGGCGCUCACGGGGCCCAGCGCCCUCACCAGCUACCACCUGAAGACCGCCCUGUUGCACUUGCUGCUGGCCAAGAGGCCGUCCGAGUGGAGCGCCGACGCCACGGAGCGCAGGCUGCGGGACGUGCUCGGCUUCGUGCACGCGAGCCUCCGCGAGAAGAGACUCCGUCACGCGCUGGUCGGGAACGGCGACGUGCCGGAGGCGGUCCGCGUGCCCGAGGCGAUCCGCGCGGCGCGGCCCGUCAACCUGUUCCAGUGCCUGGCGUCGGAGAGGGAGCGCCACGCGGCGACGGUCGGGCAUUUCGACGAGAUGUUGAGAAAUGCGCCCGCGCUCAUGCAAGAGUACGCGCGAGCGUCACGGGGCAGAUUAGAUGAGCGUCUGUGAGAGCUUAAAUAGCAUCCAGUGUUUACAAAUGGCACUUAAAAGUACUUUAUUACAGGCGAGAAAACUUGACAAGGUAACCCGUGUUACUAAAGGGGCGCCAAACAACCCAUGGCCACAUUUCAACAGUGGGUUUUGUGUUGCUGUGUGCUGUUAUGUUUAAUCUGUAGCAUUGUUACUGAAACAAUCAGGUCUUAUAACCCAGUAUCUUUUUUAUAGAGUAACCUUAAUAAAUAGGCUUUUCGGUUGAUAGAUAAUCGCUUUGCCUUUUAAACGAAGCAACUAAUUGAAAAGGUGAUCAUUUUUUAAAUGCUGUAAACUUUUUAAUAAAUAAUCCAGUGCACUUUUAUCAAUGGGGGAAAAAUAGUAACAAACCUAUUAUGCUGGUUGAAAUAGUACAGCAAUGCUUUUGUUCUCAUUGUUGGACAUCCGAUGGCAGCUAUUAAAUAUGCGUUGUCAUACUACUAUAGAGCAUUUAUUUUGCCUGUAAAGUUCUGCUGUGUUGUACAGUUCUUUAGAUUAUUAAAUUAAACCACCCUGUGUAGUCACCCCGGGGAAAACCAAAUGUAGUUAUUCAAUAUAAAAACAAAGAACAUUUUGUGCAGUCGCUACAUGCAGUUUUUAUUAGAGAAAGCGCAUCAUAAAAAUGUAGCAUUCACUUUACUAAACCUCAUUUCAAAUAUGAUUUAGUAUUUUCAACAAUGUAUAUUUUCCCAUUUCAAAGAGUGAAAAUGUAUAUGAUGUAUACAAUUU